CCGACCACCCAGCAGUCCCCUCAGGAUGAGCAGGAGAAGCUUCUGGACGAAGCUGUUCAGGCUGUUAAAGUUCAGUCCUUCCAGAUGAAGAGAUGUCUGGACAAGAACAAGUUGAUGGAUGCUUUAAAACACGCCUCUAACAUGCUGGGAGAGCUGAGGACCUCCAUGCUUUCUCCUAAGAGUUACUAUGAGCUCUACAUGGCCAUCUCUGAUGAGCUGCACUACCUGGAGGUUUACCUGACGGAUGAGUUUGCUAAAGGAAGGAAGGUGGCAGAUCUGUAUGAGCUGGUCCAGUAUGCUGGGAACAUCAUACCCCGACUCUACCUGCUGAUCACCGUGGGCGUGGUCUACGUCCGCUCCUUUCCUCAGUCUCGUAAGGACAUCCUGAAGGACCUGGUGGAGAUGUGUCGGGGGGUCCAGCACCCCCUCAGGGGUCUGUUCCUCAGAAACUACCUGCUGCAGUGCACCCGUAACAUCCUGCCAGAUGAUGGGGAGCAGUCAGAGGGGUCCGAGGAGAUGACCGGGGACAUCAAUGACUCCAUUGACUUUGUCCUGCUGAACUUUGCUGAAAUGAAUAAAUUAUGGGUCCGAAUGCAGCAUCAGGGUCACAGCAGGGACCGAGAGAAGCGGGAGAAAGAACGGCAGGAACUUCGGAUCCUGGUGGGAACCAAUCUGGUCCGUCUGAGCCAGCUGGAGGGAGUCAAUGUGGACAAGUACAAACAGGUGGUUCUCCCUGGAGUCUUGGAGCAGGUGGUGAACUGCAGAGACUCUCUGGCUCAGGAGUAUCUCAUGGAGUGCAUCAUUCAGGUGUUUCCAGAUGAGUUCCACCUCCAAACCCUGAAUCCUUUCCUGCGUUCGUGUGCAGAGCUGCAUCAACACGUCAAUGUGAAGAACAUCAUCAUCGCUCUGAUUGACAGACUCGCUCUGUUCGCUCAUCGAGAAGAUGGACCAGGUAUUCCUGCUGAGAUCAAACUGUUUGACAUCUUCUCCCAGCAGGUGGCCACAGUCAUUCAGUCCCGUCAGGACAUGCCGUCAGAGGACGUGGUUUCUCUCCAGGUGUCUCUCAUUAACUUGGCCAUGAAGUGUUACCCUGAACGGGUGGACUAUGUGGACAAAGUCCUGGAGAGCACAGUGGAGAUAUUUAAUAAACUCAAUCUGGAGCACAUCGCCACCAGCAGCGCUGUGUCCAAAGAACUGACCCGGCUCCUGAAGAUCCCUGUGGACACCUACAACAACCUGCUGAUGGUCCUGCAGCUCAAACACUUCCCUCCUCUCUUUGAAUACUUUGACUUUGAGUCCCGGAAGAGCAUGAGCUGCUACGUGCUGAGCAACACGCUGGACUGCAGCACCACCAUGGUGUCCCAGGACCAGAUUCUGAACACGGCCCGGAAACAUUUUGGAGCCGGUGGGAACCAGAGGAUCCGCUUCACCCUGCCUCCUCUGGUGUUUGCUGCCUACCAGCUGGCCUUCAGGUACAAGGAGAACUCCUCACAGGACGACAAGUGGGAGAAGAAGUGUCAGAAGAUCUUCUCGUUUGCUCACCACACCAUCAGCGCUCUCAUCAAGGCGGAGCUUUCUGAGCUGCCGCUGCGCCUCUUCCUGCAGGGGGCGCUGGCUGCGGGGGACAUCGGCUUUGAGAACCAUGAAACCGUAGCGUACGAGUUCAUGUCCCAGGCCUUCUCUCUGUACGAGGAUGAGAUCAGCGACUCCAAAGCCCAGCUGGCAGCCAUCACGCUGAUCAUCGGCACCUUUGAGCGAAUGAAAUGUUUCAGCGAGGAGAACCACGAGCCUUUAAGGACUCAGUGCGCCCUGGCUGCUUCCAAGCUGCUGAAGAAACCCGACCAGUGCAGAGCCGUCAGCACCUGUGCUCACCUGUUCUGGUCCGGCAGAAGCACCGACAAGAACGGAGAAGAGAUCCGGGACGGGAAGCGUGUCAUGGAGUGUUUGAAGAAAGCUCUGAAGAUCGCCAACCAGUGCAUGGACUCGUCUCUGCAGGUCCAGCUGUUCAUAGAGAUCCUGAACAGAUACAUCUGUUUCUACGAGCGGGAGAACGACGCUGUGACGGUUCAGGUGUUGAACCAGCUGAUUCAGAAGAUCAGGGAGGAUCUUCCAAACCUGGAAGCAAGUGAAGAAACGGAGCAGAUCAACAAACAUUUCCACAACACCCUGGAGCACCUCCGCCUGCAGAGAGAGUCCCCUGAGUCUGAGGGACCCGCCUACGAGGGUCUGGUUCUCUGAACUGGGUCCAUUUCCUGUAUCRUGACUCACAGCCAACAUCACUGCGAUUCAGAAACUAAACUAACCCAGUCGUCCUUUUCAGGUUCUUUCUCUGCGUCGUUUCCUGGUUGCACCAUCUGAUUGGUUGUUUUUGUUUCUGAGCUCUGAUUGGUUGUUUUUGUUUCUGAGCUCUGAUUGGUUGUUUUUGUUUCUGAGCUCUGAUUGGUUGUUUUUGUUUCUGAGCUCUGAUUGGACGGAUGAACAAUGCAUGUCCAACUGCAGCAAACUGAAGAAGCAUUCCUUCUCGUUUCUGUUAGCUCUUCAUCUCUCUGCUCGUUCACAGCUGUUCUCUCAGAUAUUCAAUUAAAACUUUAUUUAGAUCGAUGUAAAUAAGCUGCUGAACCUCAUGUUUCAGUCUAAUUCUCCAGUCAUGAAGUGUCUGUUGUAGAAAGGUUUGUGGUAAAUCAGGAAGCUGCAGAGCAGAAAGCAUCAGUUUGAGAUGAACCACUUGUCUUCUGUUAAAGUCUGAGACAAAAGGCUCAGUCGUCUCUGUCAUCACUAAAUUUAAAGUUAAAUUCACAACCUGUUGGUCAGAUCUGUGAGGUCCUCACAAAGGUUUAUAUAUUUUGUAUUAACAUAUUUUCUUUUUGCAUUAAAUGUGUUUAAACUCUAAAAGUGCAGAUUACAUUGACCUGAUUGUCAUGUACAUGAAUAAAAUAAAAAGGAAUAUUAAACAUU